GCAAAUUGGUGGAAAAAUGUGGUCUUUAACUCGAACAGUAGCAGUCUUCAUAAACAACGAGUUUAUUGGUAGUGAUGUGGAUUUUUUUUACUAUAUAAGCCAAGAUUAUUUUCUUAGUUUACCUUUUACAUUGGAAUAUUAUGAAAAUAUUGCCAUGGAACGUUGUAAGCAAUUCAUGGAAAAAUCUAAGAGAAAAUAUGUUUAUUUUACAUUUACUGUAAACGGCCAUUUAAUGGGCUCAUUCGUAUUUGUGCUGUAUUCUGAUUUACUACCAUUAACUUGUCAACAUUUUUUAAAUCUUUGUAAUGGGUAUGAUGAAGUACAACAUUGUUAUAAAGAUGCUUAUUACAUAAAUACACGCGUACAUCGUAUCGUCAAAAAUGGGUGGAUUCAAUGUGGAGAUAUUGAAUCAUCUGAAAUCAAUGAAGAUAGAGCAGGCAAUAUGGUCGUAAUACCCGAUGAGUCUUAUUGCAUUCCUCAUGAUCGUCGAGGCGUUCUUUCAAUGGCAAAUGAUGGAAAACAUUCCAAUCAAUCUCAAUUUUUUAUAUGCUUGAAACCCAAUCCUUGGAUGAAUCAUUACUAUGUUGCCUUUGGACAACUCAUAGAUGGUGCUAGAACAUUGAAAUUAUUAGAAAACAUAUCGACUUAUUAUGAACAUCCUACUAAGCAAAUAUUAGUAUCCCAAUGCGGAGAAUAUUGUCUUAGAGAUGAACUUAAAAUGGAGACAGAGUCACAAGUUUUCCUUAAACAUCAAUCACCAGCAAGUGUUGAAGGGGAAGCUACAGGGAUUAGCUAUAAUGUAUUUGACUUUUAUUCUAUUGCAUCAUAUCUUGACAAUAUUGUAGAUGUAAUAGACGUUCGUGACACACCAUCAGUUAUUAGGGUUGAACGAUAUUUGAGUGAUCUUUAUUGUCUUUCACGUAAACACGAACCAGGAAUGGAUCUGGGUAUUUAUGAACAAAUUAGUUCUGGUUCUGUUGCAAAACUUGAUGUAACAGCCAUUAAACUUCGUCAGUUACUAAUACAUUUUCAACCUGAUACGAUGACAGAAUUAGAAAAAACGAGAUAUAUUUCAGAUAUUUCUGAAAUCAUAUUAGCUCAUAUGUUUUAUCAUGAAAGUAACGAAUUUUGUUUACAACACAUUUCAAUGCAUUCUCAUACAACAAUCCAUAAAAUAUUGGAAAUUGCAUAUAAAAUAGCACAGAAAGUUGUUGAAAAGGCUGAGAGAAGAUCUUUGAUCUCACGCGAGUACGGAAAUAUAAAUAUUCCGAGUAUGUUCGGUGCAUGUAUUCAAGAUGUAAUGCCUUCCGAAAAUUGUAUGUUAUUACUGCAAGAUAUAUUAAACAAAGCCAUAUCAUGUUUAAUACAAAUGUAUGAUAUGCAAGAAUAAUACGUUAUUCAGGUAAGAAGACAUUUGUAAUAUAUAUCAGAAAUAAAUUUGUAAGGGUAUGAAUUUUUUUUACGAAGGCCA